AAACUUAAAUCAUUUUUUAUCAUUGUCAUCGUCUGCUUAACUUAAUAAAAAAGUUCACAAAAUUUGUAUUGAAAUUUGUUUCACUUUUUAUUGAACAAAAAACCAAUAAAAAGUCAUAUUGUAUUUACUUCAACGGAUUAAACGUUUUUCGUCGACAAUUGAUUAAUAAUGGCAACUGCUGCAGUGGAACCCGCUCCAGACGUCGAAAUGACAGACGUAUCAGAUUCUCAAGAAAAGAAAGACGCAGCCGUCAUUCAAGAGAUUAGAGACAACAUUCGUCAAAUAGAGAAAGCCGUGCAAACCAAAGAAACCCGUUUCAUACUGCGCGUUUUGAGAUCAUGGCCCGUAACACGUCGUAAGCUCAAUGCAGCGGUGUUGUGGUCAGUCAUCAAUGGGUUUUACACGCAUUCCUCGUCCGACAAAGAUUUGCUGUUGUCCUACGUUACUACGCCAACAGAUAUACCUGAGGCGAUCAAAAUGCGCACCGGUAAAAACGCCACGGGGGCACUUUUACCGGAAAUCGACGGGUACAUUCGCCUAUUGGUGUUGGUUCAACUCAUCGACAAAGAAGAUUACCAAAAGGCUGUGGAAUUUUCCGAUUCGCUAAUGGUCAAGUUAGUUGACAAAAACAGACGUACAUUAGAUUUGAUCACGGCCAAAGCGUAUUUCUAUCACAUGAGAUGUUAUGAACUCACCGACCAGUUACACAAAAUCAAAGGAUUCCUCUACAGUCGGUUGAGGACGGCAACGCUGAAAAAAGACUACGAAGGACAAGCCGUGCUCAUUAACUGUUUACUGCGUAAUUAUUUACAUUAUAACUUGUACGACCAAGCUGACAAGUUGGUACAAAAAUCCGUGUUCCCUGAACAAGCCAGCAACAACGAGUGUGCUCGCUUCUUGUAUUACCAAGGGCGUAUCAAAGCCGCCCGUCUCGAGUAUUCUACGGCACAUAAAAAUCUAAUUCAAGCAUUACGCAAAGCACCUCAAAAUUCCGCUGUUGGUUUUAGGCAGACCGUACAAAAGCUUGCCGUUACGGUAGAGUUGUUGUUGGGAGACAUUCCGGAAAGGCAUAUUUUCCGCCAAGCGAGUUUACGUAAAGCGCUCAUUCCGUAUUUCCGCCUUACUCAGUCGGUGCGAUUAGGAAACCUUAACAUGUUUAGCGAAACAUUGGAGAACUUCAAAGAAAACUUCCUCGCCGACCACACUUACAUGCUGAUUGUUCGCUUACGCCACAACGUCAUUAAGACGGCCAUUCGAGCUAUUGGCGCGUCCUACUCGCGUAUAUCGGUAGAUUAUAUUGCCGAAAAACUUGGAUUGGAUUCAGCCAAGGACGCUGAAUUUAUCAUUUCAAAAGCCAUCAGAGAUGACGUUAUUCAAGCCACCAUCGAUCCCGUACACAGCCACGUCCAGAGCAAAGAACCGGUCGAUAUAUAUUGUACGCUCGAACCUCAAAUGGCGUUCCAUCAGCGUAUUUCGUUUUGUUUGAACUUGCACAACGACAGUGUCAAAGCUAUGCGUUAUCCUCCCAAAUCGUACGGUAAGGAUUUGGAGUCGGCCGAAGAGCGCCGUGAGCGGGAACAACAAGAUUUAGAACUCGCUAAGGAAAUGGCCGAAGAGGACGACGAUGGAUUCCCUUGAAUCAAUAAUGUUUUUUUUUUUGUUUUAAUAAUAAAUUAAGUGUAUUCAAAUUUUUUUUUCUAAUAUAUAUAUUAUUAUACAAAUUUAAUUUUAACAUUAAGUUGUCACACGUGUACCAAACAUAAAAUAUGAGAAUAUAUAUAUAUACACAAUAAAAAAAGCAGUUUACAGUCACUAAA